GCGUCCUCUGAGGAUCCAGCAGGAGCGCUUCCUGCGGACGGCCGUCCGUCCUUCCGUCCCACUGAGCUGUGUUGUUGCCAGUGGCCCCUGGUGGAGCUGUUGCUGCUGCUGAGCAUGUGCUCGGCUGCUCCGCAGAGAGUUACUCAACUACUAUUGGCCCCACAGGACAUAAGGGACGCUUCCCAUCAACACACAUGUUGUGGACACGAAUCGCUGAACGCACGGCUCCAACUCAAAGAGCGCUGUCGUCAAGCUGCAUCAUGGAGGCGCAGUCGGUUGCAUCAUGGGAGCUCAUCAACGGUGUGACAAAUACAAUAUAUGAGGGCUGAGAGGUUCGUCAUGGAGACGGACAGCUACACCCCAGGCCCAGCCACCACUGACUGGGUUGGGACGGUGGCCGGCCUGGAGGGAAUGGGGCUCCUUCAGGAGCAGGGAGGGGGGGGCUUGGCCAGCGGCCCGGCGUCCUGGUACACGCCAUACUCGCUGGGCUUUCAGGUGUCGCUCACCUCCUUCCUCAUGCUGGAGCUGGUGUUGGGUUUCAGCAGCAACCUGACGGUGCUGGUGCUCUACUGCUCUCAAUCCAAUUUAGUGGACUCGGUGAGCAAUAUGGUGACUGUGAAUCUGCAUGUGCUGGAUGUGGCGGUGUGUGUGCUGUGUCUGCCCCUCACUCUGGUGGUUGUGCUGCUGCCUCCAGGACCAAACAUGGCCCUGCUCUGCUGCUUCCAUGAGGCCGGCGUCACCUUUGCCAGCAUAGCCACGGCCAUCAACAUACUGGUCAUCAGCUUGGACCGAUAUGACAUCUCAGUGCGGCCGGCCAACAGGCUGCUGACCACACGUAGAGCAACGCUGCUCCUGGCUGCCGUUUGGAUCACCUCGGUAGCUGUGUUGUUUAUCCCGUUCUUGGAGGUGCAGUGGUCCAGUGGAGAAGGAGCAGAGGAGAGAGGGCAGGUGACACCCUUGUCGUUGUCCUCGCAUGGUAUCAGUGCCGCAGUGGCGCCAGCGUGGCGUAACCAGACACUGCUGUGUGUCGGUGGGCAGGGCUUCCACACAGGUAUGGCUAUGUACUACCAUCUUAUCCUGCAGGUACCCAUCUUCUUCACCACAGUGGCAGUCAUGCUCUUCACCUACUCCAGAAUACUGAGGGCUUUAAACAUCCGCAUUGGCUCCCACAUGAAGAAGGGUCCGCGGUUCAGGGGCCCUUCCGGCAGGGGGCAGGGGGGGCCCCACAAGAGACAGAAAAUACAGAAGGCGGGGCUCAAAAUGAACGAUGGUGGGAAGGUAGGAGGGGAGCAGUGCACCGCAGAUGGUACCAAACAGCUCUGCCUCCCUCCACUCAUUCCUUCCCCCUCGCCCACUCCCACGGCCACCUCCCCCCCUGCCCUGUCCUCCGCCCCCCUCGUGACCUCUGACACAGGCCCUGCGACCGCCAUGCCCACCACCAUGGGUGUCCAGGCCUCCGUGUCUGCCAUCAUUGCCCUGAGGAGGGCAGUGCGGCGACACAGGGAUCGGAGAGAGCGACAGAGGCGGGUGUUCAGGAUGUCCCUCAUCAUUAUCACCACGUUCCUGUGCUGUUGGGCUCCCCUCUCUGUGACCAACAUGCUAAUCUUGGGUAUAGGCCCCAGUGACGCCUUGGUCAGCCUACGCCUCUGGUUCUUGGCCCUGUCGUACGGCACCACCGUCUCCCACCCUCUGCUCUACGCCUUCACCCGACAGAAGCUGCGGCGUGCCCUCCGUACUAAGGUCAAGAAGAGGGUGGUGUCCCUGCUCCAGGUAGACCCUUCACCAGGGGGCACCGUCAUACACAACUCCUGGGUGGAGAACAGAAAAACCAGCCGGCAGGUGCGGCUGGAAGCAAGCGAAGGUACUGACCGCUGCCUGGCAAGAGGUCCUGUGAGACUGACACACACGGGCCAGGCUAAUUAUUAGUAGUAAUUAAAAAUAGAGUCACAGGUGUGUUCUGUUAUUAAACUCACUGGUGCGUGAAGCCAGUGUAGGAAAUAAACAUAUUUCCACCUCUGGGAGAUGUUCUAAUGUAACCACCAAGCCCAUGCUAAAGACGGCUAACAUUCACAGCAGGGACAGCAGGAUGCUGUCGACACACCGUCUCUGCGGCUGAAGAAAAUCAUACAACAGCACACACACACAAAUGUAUAUAAUUUGCACUCUGUCAAAUGGUGAAGUCUGUUUACAUAUGCAGUUGUAUGAUAGAGCGGUCUCCUAGUGGUGCUUACCUAACUGCUCCAAAGAAUGUGUUUAGCCAGCAGAUGAUCUAGUCUGCCACCCACUCUAAUGCUCCAAGGCAGCUUUAAAAAUAAAGAUUUGAUACACUUUGAACAAAUAAAUACUCAAAAAACUCUUUGAAUGUGUUUGAUAUUGUCUCUGUCUUAGUUCUGCUCUGAUGGUAUGAUGUCUAUUCUGAACUCAAAGGGGAACAUGUUGGAUAUUUACAAGCAAAACACAGGGAUGAUAUGAGGAUACGAUGUAAAUGUGCCAGGGUUUAAUCAAAUGCAGUUUUGCUUAAAGCAGUUAUUAAACGGUCAAUGUUAGUGUUUACAAGAAAUCUUGCAAAGCUCUUUUGUAUAAAUGCAACUCUUUUGCUCCAAAAUUUGUAUCAAAUGGUGUAAUGUCUUAUUGAUGUUUUGCAUGUACUGCUUGGAGCAGGCAGGUACAUUGAUUGAAGUCAUAGUUUAACAUUUUGGGAAAUAGGAUCAUUGACUUUCUUGCAGGGAAUUAGAUGAAGAGAUUGACACCACUGUUACACAGGAGAGUGCUUUCAAACUUCUCAUCUAACUCUCGGCAAGAAAGUCAAUAAGCCUCUUUCCCAAAAUGUCUAGCUAGUCCUCUAAAUAGUAAAAAAAUAAAUCUAUUUUAUUGUAUUAAAUGUUGACAGACUUAUGGGUAGAGUCGACUGGUUGUGCUGAAUUAGCUAGUCAGAAUGACACCGUAAAAUCGACAGGUGACCUUUCAAUAUAAUGCAGUCUCAUCACCAAAAUCAAUAAUCACAAAAAUAACCAUAGAGUUCAAUCAACACCUCUCUGAAACAUUCUCAACAAAAACAGCCUGAAGAAAAGUAGUAAUCUUUGUCGGUCUGUUGUUUUGGAUUGCAUUAUAUUUAAGUUUUCGGCAUGCUAAAAGCAUGCAGUUCUCUUUUGAAAUACCAUUUAUGUACAUGUAAAUAUUGACCAGUGUAAAAUGUAUUUCAUGUGAAAUCUACAAUAGAAGUCACUAAGACUGUAUGUGAUUAUAGAUUUUGAGUGAUUCAGUCGCGGCUGGCUCGUCCAAACAUGUGGUCCCGUGGGUCAACUCAACCUUAGUGUACAGCAACACAAGAGAGUAACUGUCCACUGCAGCCGAGCGCUGACAGACUGUAGGAUUCUUAGUAGGACUUGUGUGUGUGU